AUGAGGUUUCCACUUCUGGCCUUCUUUAUACUAGGUAAGAACUCCUUAUUGAAAAAUCAUAAAUAACAAGUUUCAAGCUUCUUCAAUAUCCGCAUAUGAAGACCGUGAAUGCGGUGCAGAUUUAUCGCAUCUUUGGCUAGAUAUUGUUCUUGUUGUCGACAAUUCAGCUAAUAUGACAUUUUCGGAAUUGAUGAUAAUCGGUAAUACUAUCAAGGAUGUUUUUAUGAAUGGCACCAAAGUCGGGACACAAUAUUCUGAUCCAAGAUCUACUCGAGUUGGAAUCGUCACGUAUAACUUGAAUGCCACUGUUGUGAGUUCAAUGGUUCUUUUCAAAUUUGAAGUAUCUACUCAUAUAUUUCAUUUAGGCUGCAGAUCUCAACACUUAUCAAUCCACUGGCGAUUUCAUAGUAGGAUUAUUCGGCGCACUAGUGACUACCACAGUCACCGAAUCAUACCUUAAACAAGGUCUAUUAACCGCUCGAGAUACUUUAUAUGCUGGUCGUCAAGAAGUUCGCCAAAAUUAUCAACAAGUCAUAAUUGUUUUCACUUCACAAUACGGGUUAGUCAACAAUAGAAAAAAGUUAAAACAAAAAAUUUUAGAGGAUCUGGAGAACAGGACCCGAAGCCAGUUGCUGAUCGUUUAAAAGCGUCUGGUAUUCAGAUUAUUACUGUAUUUGUCGACUAUGAUAACAAUAACGAUCUUCGUGACAAACUUUCACAAAUCGCUAACCCUGGUUACAAUUUUUCAACAUUUGAUACGAAUUUAGUUGGUGAACUUGAAGGGGCACUUCUUCUGAGUGAGUUUGAAUAUUUCACAAAACUCCAAUUAACCAAUAUUUCAGUGAACUGUUUCUGUCCAAACUAUUGGACUCAAUACACCGUUCCAAGCAAUAAUGGAGGUCUAUACAAGUAUGGAGUUUGUGUUAGAAGUUCGGGAAUUCAAGCAUCUUGGAACGCGGCCAAAUUUGCGUGUCACAAUUAUGCAAAAACUGGGUUUUUGGUCAGCGAAUUCAGUCAGCAAAAACAUGACUUCGUUUUUAAUCUUGUUCAAAAAGACACAUUCAACACUCCUCCUUAUAUGUACCACAUUGGAUUGAGUCGAAUCAAUGGUGUUUGGUCGUGGCAACAAGUAAACGGACAACAAGUUUUGCCACUUCAAAACGAAACAUUCUGGAAUCCCGGAUAUCCCACAAGUUUAUCAUCAGAUAGUGGUGUAAUGAAUAUUCAAGCUGGCGCGGAACUUAAUGUUGGAUGGCAAAACAUCAAUUUAUACACAGUUGCAAAAAUUUAUGUUUGUGAAUCUCAAUCUUGUGAUUCUACUAAUUAUUGCACUUGAAUCGUUGAUUGUUAAUAAAAUCUUUUUAUGUUAUUAACCAAAAACGCUUUAUUCAUUUUUUUUUGUAAAAAUCUCACGCAAAAACAGAAUUGUUUUCGAAAAUUCGAAUUUGAUUAUCAAAAAGAAAUUGAAGAUCGAAUCAACGAAUUUCUUUUAACCUCAAAAUCAUUGUUGUUUUCUCAUUCGUUUCGUUUCAAAAUGAAGCUCGUAAGUUUCUCUUGAACAUACAAAAUUCAAACUGUUUCCACAGAUUCUCUUGAUUGUCCUGUCAACUUUCCUCAUCGCAUUUUCAAGUGCAAAAUAUUGCGAUUGUCCAGAAUCUCACACAUGUUAUCGUGAUAGAUGUUAUCCUCGACAAACAUGUAAACAUGGUGGAGCUGGUCCGACCGACGAAUAUUGCGGAUUCGAAAGAUUUUGCAGAGGUGGUUAUUGUUACGAUAUGAAUGAGAUCUACGGCCGUUAA